UUUGCCAGGAGCAGGAACUCCUGUGGCCGGAGCCCAGGAGCUGCGGAGGCGAAGGUAUACAUUAUCAAAGUCACGUGGUCCAAUGGGUCCACAGAAGUCAUAUACCGACGGUACAGCAAGUUCUUUGACCUGCAGAUGCAAAUGUUGGACAAGUUUCCGAUGGAAGGAGGUCAGAAGGACCCCAAGCAAAGGAUCAUCCCCUUUCUGCCAGGGAAGAUCCUCUUCCGCCGAAGUCACAUCCGGGACGUUGCUGUUAAGCGUUUGAUACCUAUUGAUGAAUACUGCAAGGGUGUUUUCUGUUAUCAUCCCCUGCUAUCGGAGGAUAUAGAGCCUUCUCCGGGCCACAGGCAUGGAGCAUUUCUGGGUCACAAGAUGCUCGGUACUGGGGAGUGGCAGUCACAUGGAAAUGGCAUCCAUGAAAACCUGGUCUACUGGAUAGCCAUUCGUGCACCCAAAAGCCAGGGAGCUCUGAUCCAGCUGCCUCCCUACAUCUCUCAGUGUGAGGAGGUUCUUCAGUUCUUUGAGACAAGACCCGACGACUUGACUCCCCCUAAAGAAGAACCCAUUGGAAAGAAGAAGUCUGGAUUUAUCCAGAGAACGGCUUCUUUCCUUCAGAGAGGAGCUGAUUCUGCAUCGGUCGAUCCCUUGGUGCUGGAGCAGUAUGUCGUGGUGGCGGACUACCAGAAGCAGGAGAGCUCCGAGAUCAGCUUGUGCGUGGGCCAGGUGGUGGAUAUCAUUGAGAAGAACGAAUCAGGCUGGUGGUUUGUGAGCACAUCAGAAGAGCAAGGCUGGGUGCCAGCGACCUGUCUGGAAGCUCAGGAUGGCGUCCAGGACGAAUUGUCAAUGCAGCCUGAUGAAGAGGAGAAGUACACAGUUAUUUACCCAUAUAUCGCAAGAGACCAGGAUGAAAUAAACCUGGACAAAGGGGCUGUGGUGGUGGUGAUCCAGAAGAACCUGGAGGGCUGGUGGAAGAUCAGGUACCAGGGCCAAGAAGGCUGGGCCCCGGCCUCCUAUCUCAAAAAGGGGAACGGAGAGGUGUUUUCACAGAAGCUGGGGUCAGGCUCCUCCACUCAUUCAUGUGCCUUGGAUCUGGAUGGCAUCUCCCGGCAGCAGAACGCAGCAAACCGAGAGAAGGACGGUCUCGCCAGCCAGAGAGAUGGGAGAUUUGACAGCCGUCCCCUGCCUAAUGCUGAUAUUCGACGCAAGUCACCGAAGAUGAGGCAGAGACCCCCUCCUCGCAGGGAUCUCACUAUACCACGUGGUUUGAACCUGCCUAAACCUCCUGUCCCUCCUCAAGUGGAAGAGGAAUAUUACACCAUAGCUGACUUCCAGACCACCAUCCCGGAUGGCAUCAGCUUCCAGGCAGGAAUGAAAGUAGAGGUUAUUGAGAAGAACUUGAGCGGCUGGUGGUACAUUCAGAUAGAGGAGAAGGAAGGCUGGGCUCCUGCUACGUUUAUUGAUAAAUACAAGAAAACUAGCAACGCAUCCAGGCCAAACUUCCUGGCUCCAUUACCCAACGAGAUAGCCCAGCUGCGGGUUGCUGAUGCCACAGUGGAAAGCAGUGCCAGCGAAGAAGCCACUGGACCUUGCAGGCCUCUGCCAGAGGCUCCUCCGAAUGGUAUGGACUGUGGAAUGAAGUGGGCCAAAGACUGGAAGGGGAAGGAGGCUACUGAGAGUGCAGACCUAGCCUUCACCUCUGGGUACGAGGAGAUCUCGGACCGUGAUGUGGAGGAGAAGCCCAGCCUGCCGCCCAGGAAGGAAUCGAUCAUUAAGUCAGAAGGCGAGUUAAUGGAGAGGCAGAGGCCUCCUCCCAAGCCUCCAGGCAUGAUUUUGCCCAUGGUCCCACCGAAGCAGUCAGCAGCUCCAAAGGACAGCAAGAAGCCAGAGCUGAAAACAGAGAAGGGCAAACUGUUCCAGUUGAAAAACGAAAUGGGACUGGAAUGUGGACACAAGGUGUCAGCCAAGGAAGUGAAGAAGCCAAAUCUCCGACCUAUUGUCAAGCCAACCAAGCCAAAAGCUGAGCCUGUGGAGGACAAGCCUGAGCCACUUGCUCAGAAUCCUUUUUUGAAAUCAAGACCUCAGAUCAGGCCAAAACCCGCUGCAGCCCCCCGGGCUGACCCUCCUCCAGCUGAUGAUAAACUGGACAUCUGUAGCCUGCGAAGCAAGCUUAGACCUGCAAAGUGCCAAGAGAAACCCUCUGAGCAGGACACUGCUGCCAGUGAAAACUCCUUCAGUAAUGCCACGGUCCCCUCAGAGACUUCUGGAAAGUUUCAGGAGCGACCAAGUGUGGAGAGCAAGCCUCUGCCUAAACCGGACAGCCACAUCGCAAAAGAGGCACUGCCCAAAUGUCCCCUGGGCCCAGCAAAAAUAGCUCACCCUGAGCCAAAGAGUGACUACCCAAAUCCCAGGGAGCCCCCGCCUCAGCGGCCCGUUGUACCACCCCGUAGACCACCACCCCCAAAGAAAACAGCAUGUCCUACCUCUGGCCCCACACCAGAGCUGAAAACCCAGCCGCGGGAAGCACCUGAAAUCAGAUCUUCCGCUGUACCAGGUAGGCCCAUGCUGGUUCCACCGAAAGCCAAACCGUUCCUGGCUGCUUCAAGCCAAGAUGAAGCCAAAGUGAAAAGCAGCUUAGUCCCAAAGGUAAUAUCCAAGCCAGUGGAGAGAGGGGAAGCCAAGGAGAGGACGUCUAUCCCCUUCUCCAAUCCGGAAAUCUCCAAGGAAGCUCUCUAUGUGGCAGUGGCAGAUUUUGAAGGCGAUGAGGAGACCAACAGCUUUAAAGAAGGGACUUUAUUUGAAGUUCGUGAGAAGAACAGCAGUGGCUGGGGAUUUUGCAAGGUCCUGACUGGGGGGCCCUGUUGGGAGGGCUGGAUCCCUUCCAAUUAUCUAAGAAAGAAGCCAUAAUCUGUCUUCUGUUUACACAGUUGGAGGUUCCCUGUUCUCUCACCUGAGUAUUUAAUUAGCUUAUUAAUUUAUAGUUUGCCAUAAGGCUGGCUUUAAAAAAAAGAAAUUGAGAAAACAUUGAGAUACCAUACAUUCCAGUUUACCCCCUUCUGAGGUAGUGUGCAAGAAGCAGGCUUGACCCAUGCAGCUAGGCCUCCAUCUCCGAUCUGUGUGCUCCCACCCUUCCUCCUCCCCACAUCCCUGGAAAUACUUCUCUCCUUUGGCCAUGUACGAUAGCCCAGCCACGUAGUGCUCUUCUGAACAAGCUUCAUGGCAUACAGUAGCUCACAUGGUCCUCUCUACUAGGGAGGACACUGCUACCUUGAUAGGCAUUUUUGCCACCUGUACAGGGAAUUCAAAGGAAAUAUAGCAGGAGCCAGGUCAAGAAAUGAAGUUUGGCCUGGUACCAGCGAAGGAAAUCUGGACUCACAGAACUAUUUGCUUUUCCCUGAGACUCAGGGUCAUGGUCAAAUGUUGUACGUCAUAUUGCUUAGUUCAGGUGUGUAACAGAGUCAUAGGAAACAUGGAAACAAGGAGAAAUGAUUGUUCAGAGUCAGGUCCCAUAGCUCUGUGUGCACAUGCACAUUGGAGGUCAGGCGUGCUCUAGUUAAGGUCUUGCUUGCCCACUGUGCGUGCCGUAAGAGAGUCCUUAGGUCCUUCUCUGUUCUACAAUGACAAGUGUUAAUUUAAACAUCCUCCUCUUAGGAAAAAAAUACACACACACACACACACACACACACACAUGAACAUUACAGGUCCUCUCCGUGCUCAUCCAGGGCUCUAUGCAGACUUGUACCUUGCAGUGUUACAACCAAACAAGAGGUGUUUUGGCUUUGGUAGCUGAAGAAUACUAUGCAACGCAGAGAGGACCAGAAUGACCCCAUAAGCCCUGGAAAGACGAUGCUUUGCUUUCCUUCCAACACAGACUGCACUGCCUGUUGGACUAACUGGGGACGACCCGUUCCCACCCAUGACCCACCGGGCUUCCCAGGGCUGGCAGGCAGCAGCCAGAGGUGGGUCCUUUAGUAGGUGCUGAUAUUAUGAAGUGCAAUCCAGAAUGUGGGAGUUCAGCUCCUCAUGACAAGCAGUUGUGAGGUGUGUCCAGUGCUCAGGUGUUCCUUGUCUCUUUGGUUAAAUUCUCUUUUUAAUGCUUUCUUAUUUUACUUUUCUUCAUUCUGCUGAGGGGAGGGGAACAACAUGGAAGAAUACAAACUUCUAGUUGCCUCCGUCUUCCUAACCACGCUGGUUUGUUAAACUCUCUGAAAUGCCUUGUUUGUCUCCCCAUCUGUCUAUCUUCCUGCACUCUAAAUACUUUCAUUACAUCCUGUGUGUCAGUCUGCUUGGGGGCUUCAAGUCAAACUGCGCCUGGGUUUUUUCCAUGAAACUCCUACCUGCCAAGCCUAAUCUUGCAACGUUUAUCCAGGCUUGCAGCAUUUAUCCCAGCAGGAAGACAAACGUGGUCUGCCCAGCUGUCACUCCUUUGUGCUCCUUUCUUCCCGUCUGUACUUGGCUGCUUGCAGAUUCAGGACAACACUUCUCUAUCCAGAAGAACUUUAAACCCAGCACUUCUGUGGGCUUAUUGUUGACCAAGACCAUCUGCCCUGUCUAUUCUAAUUGCAACUGUAAGUGCUGCAGACGCAACUCUGCAGCCACAUUGUUUUGCUGCUGAAAACAAUUACAGUUUUCCCUCUAAUUUGAGGCUGGCAGAAUUGAAGACAUUCUGUGUGCUCUAGGAGUACUGUCCACUCCCCUGAACCUUUGCUUCCAUCCCGUGUUUUCUUUUGUGGCAGCCAUGUGGUUAAAGAUAUCUCUGUCUAUGUUCAAAAUGAAAAUAUUAGUGCCUCAGGCGAGGGUCAUUUUGAGAAGGUGAUGGGGGCUGUUUGUCCCAGCCCCUCUUUUAAUCAAAGAGAGAAGCCAUCCUAGUCCAUCCUAGUAUCUGGAAGCCCCAAAGGCUGAUUUUUAGCCUUGGGAAUUCAUGCGCCCAGAUCUCUGGCUAAUACCUCUCCCUCCCAUCUACAAUUUUCUGAUCAUACAUUAGGGCUGACUCACCUGAUCUGGCAAUGAGCAAUAUAUCUGCAACACAAUCCAAUAACUAAGUUACUUGUGUGGCACUUAGAGGUGUUGAUGUGCUCCCAGGAGAGUUGCACAGUGGGUUCCAGGAACAGUACUGCCUCUUUUUUAUCUUUUUUUUUCUUUUUCUUUCUUUUUUUUUUUUUUUUGCAUCUCUUGCUCCAUUAAAACUCCUCUGCUGUGGGAAUGAAGGGAGCCCUCAGGAUGAGUUGACAGAGCUGCCCAGCAGUCAAAUUCAGCUCCCACUUUUGCUGAGGAAGGGGCCAGAAGAAGCAGUGUCCCUCGCGCCUCAUCUGUGCCGGUUGCUGUCGGUUUUUCCAAGCAGCGGGUUGAAGAGUCUGUGCGCCUUUUUCCUGUGGCAGUGCUUCCUUGCGCUCCCUUGGCUGAACAGCCCUUUUGGCCUCAGAGAUGUCUGUCUCGUUUCUCUGUCUCAUAGACCUCACUAAUCCCAGUUUUCCUCAUAUGGGACAAUGCUAUUUCUGUUUUCUCGUACUAAGUGAGGGCUAUUUCUGUUUUCCUCCCAGACUGAACACUAGAACUGGUAGUGCUUCAUAUUGCUGACACAAGUACUGUAUUUGGCUCACCGAGAGCGCGACAGGAUUGGUCCCUUGUUCCUCAAUAGUUUCUAAGAACGUAGGGUCAGUUCCCAGCACGUACUGUAUGUGUGGGGUCAUCCUUCACAGGAUCACAGGCACCAGAUGCCUUCCCUAUCCUACCCCCCCUACCCCACCCCGUGAGGGGUUGCCCCAUGCUGUCUUUGAGGUGGGAACAGACUUCAGUCUGGAACAACGGAUCCCGGUAAGGAAGAUGCUGAGAACCAUUGUGCUAACAGAGUUCUUUUCCUCGGCUCUCCAACACUUCUCUUUUGCUUGGUAGCUACGCAGGCCCUCUGACACUGAGCAGCGAGGGCUUGCAGCGGGCUCUCAUGCCCUCUGGCAGGAGGUCCCUCCUUUCUGUACCUUGCACAUGAAAUGAGGCUAAGUUCACUGACUACCUCAUGAGGAGGAGGAGGGCAGCCUGGGAGGCUCGGUUCACUGAUGUCUGCCAUGCACUUUGAGAUCUGCAAGGCACUGGAGGGAAAGGCCACGUGUUUUCUUACACGUGUUAUCCUGGUAGCCAAACGCCAUCCUCCCUCCCCUCUGACAACUGCUAAAGCACUUGCCCACCACCAGCAAAGCCCUUCCCAGGCAGCCCCGAAUCCAAGACUCGCUGCACGGGGGACAGCACCAUGUCCUUGUGGCGCAAGAGCCACGUGUCUGGGGGUCCCUUGGCUUGGUGCAUCCCAGGCAGGCUGGAGGCCUCUCGCUGCACCUCGCUCCUUCUUGCGAACUCUAGAAGCCUGUUUGUUUGUCUGUGUCGCUCUAUAUUAUGUAAGCGCGUAUAAGUCUACAUUACUGUGGGCGGGUGGGGCUGUCAGCAGAAGGUAGAUGUAGCUGUGUAAAUGCCAUAUCUAUACUUUCACCAUUAGAGGGUUGGUUUUUUUUUUUAUUUGGUGGGAUUUUUUUUU